AUGUCUGCUAUUCGUGUGGCCGCGCGCCGCCUGCCCCGCGCAACCAGGCUGGUCCCUUCGAUUGAGUCACCGAUCCAGCGCCGAUUUGCGACCUCUAAUGCCGCUCAGGCCAAGAAAGAGGCCACUCUGCCUAACCCUGACCCCUCAGCCGACUCGGCCACAGCGUCCUUCAUUAAAGAGCGGGCUCCGUAUAUGGUCCCGACCUACGUUCGCCCCCCUCCCAUGAUGAUGAAGGGCCAGGGCUGCUACCUGUGGGACAUGGAGAAUCGUCGCUAUUUGGAUUUGACUUCGGGUAUUGCGGUUAACUCGCUUGGUCACUGCGACCCGGAGAUCGCCCAGAUUAUUGCGGAGCAGGCCGAGACUCUCAUCCAUGCUUCGAACCUUUACCAUAACCCCUGGACCGGUGCCCUGAGUCAAUUGUUGAUCAACCUGACUCGGGAGUCAGGUGCUAUGCGCGAUGCCUCGCAGGUCUUCAUCUCGAACUCCGGCACUGAGGCUAACGAGGCCGCCAUUAAAUUUGCCCGCAAGGUCGGCCGUACUAUCGACCCCUCCGGUGACAAGCACGAGUUUGUCUCCUUCCACAACUCCUUCCACGGCCGCACCAUGGGUGCUCUGUCUGCCACCCCCAACCCCAAGUACCAGACUCCCUUCUCUCCCAUGCUCCCGGGCUUCAAGUACGGCAACUACAACGAUGUUGAGCAGCUGCAGACCCUCGUUACCGACAAGACCUGUGGUGUGAUUGUCGAGCCCAUCCAGGGCGAGGGAGGUGUUAACAUGGCUACUCCCGAGUUCCUGGUGGCUCUGCGCAAGCGCUGUGACGAGGUUGGAGCUGUCCUGAUCUUUGAUGAGAUCCAGUGCGGUCUUUCCCGUACUGGUAGCCUCUGGGCUCACGGCCACCCUUCGCUGGCCCCCGCCUCGGGCGAAGCCGCCCACCCCGAUAUCCUCACCUCUGCCAAGGCCCUUGGUAACGGUAUCCCCAUUGGUGCCACUAUUGUGUCCGGCAAGACUGUCGGCUCGCACAUCAAGACCGGUGACCACGGUACCACUUUCGGUGGUAACCCUCUGGCCUGCCGUGUUGCUUACCACAUUGUCGCUCGUCUCGCUGACCCCGAGCUCCAGGCCGCGGUCCAGGAGAAGUCCGAUCUAUUCGUUGCGGGCUUCAAGGCUCUCCAGGAGAAGUACCCCGAGGCUAUCUCGGAGAUUCGCGGUCGCGGUCUGAUCUUGGGUCUGCAGCUGUCCUCGGCUGUUGGCCCCAAGGCCGGUGAUAUCAUCACUGCUGCCCGUGAGCGCGGCAUGUUGAUUAUCACUGCUGGCGAUGGCUGCCUCCGUUUUGUUCCUGCUCUGACCAUCACUGCUGAGCAGAUUAAGACUGGUCUCAACAUCCUGGAGCAGUCUUUGGACGCGGUGAUCAAGUCCUAG